AUGAAAAAUGUUUCAGUUAAACUGAGCAAGAUGCCCAGAAUUCUCCUAUUGCUAUUCCUCAUCCUCCUACUCCAACUUGAGCACUCUGAAGCGGACGAUAUUGCCAUUUACUGGGGUCAAGACUACUUUGAGGGAAGCCUUACUGAAGCAUGUGCAACAGGAAAAUACAACUAUGUCAUUAUAGCCUUCCUUUGCACCUUCGGGAAUGGCCAAACCCCUCAAAUCAACCUGUCAGGUCAUUGUAACACCUCUACUAAUGGGUGCACUGAAAUUGGGACAGACAUUAGGAAUUGUCAAAAGCAACGGAUCAAGGUCAUGCUCUCCAUUGGAGGAGAAAUUGCGAACUAUUCACUAACUUCCUCUGAUGAUGCUAAAAAUGUCUCAGAUUACUUGUGGGACAACUUCUUGGGUGGCAGCUCGUCUUCACGCCCACUUGGGGAUGCUAUAUUAGACGGCAUUGAUUUUGACAUAAUGAAACAUACACCAUACGUGGAUGACCUUGCACGUUACCUUAAGUCACACAAUCAAACUGUGUACUUAUCUGCAGCACCACAGUGCUUAUUUCCUGAUGCACAGUUGGGUACGGCCCUUACUACUGGCCUUUUUGACUAUGUUUGGGUACAAUUCUACAACAAUCCUGCAUGCGAUUAUACCCAAGGAAAUUUCAAUGACUUUGUGUAUACUUGGAAACAAUGGACAAAAUCAUUAAAGGGGGAAAAAAUAUUUCUGGGAUUACCAGCAGAUUCAGCAUCAGCUACAAGUGGUUAUGUUCCAGCAGAUGCAUUAAUAUCCACGAUACUACCUGCAGUAAAGGCGUCACCAAAUUAUGGGGGUGUGAUGUUGUGGUCAAGGUUCUCUGAUAGAAACAGUGGCUACAGUACCUACAUUCAAAUAAGUUCUCUGUGCACAGAGCAAAGCCUUACCAGAUGCAGGAGCCGUGACAAUGGCUUCGAGGAACGUUUAGGUUACAUGUCCACAGCUGGUAUUGAAGUUUAUGAUGAGAGCAUUGGUACACACUGCUGUCAGAUCAUAUGUAGGAACAACUGUUCCUGUGUAGCGUAUGCCCCAACAAAUCACAUUAACAAUACUGGAUGCCAGAUAUGGGGCGAAGGAAUGAAAUUCAUUGGAGCUUCUGGGGAAAAAUCACAGCCAAUCUACCAUAUUAAACACAAAGGUGUAUCCAGAUUCCCAAAAGGUUGCUUUUCCUUCAACAGUUUCAUUUCCCUACGCGAGUAA